AUGGCUGAAUCUUUUGAGAAAAAAAGUAUGUUUGUGUCAAAGUAUUCGGCAACACGCCGGCUGCUCCUAAAGACCAAACUGCUGAAAAAGGCAGGGAUAAUGCUGGUGGCUGAGUUUGCGGACAAGAAACGUGAAAGAGAGAGUGCUCUGAAUGAGAGAGCCCCACCCCUCAAACUGUCUGGCCUGUCUGUGCAGGAGCUACAGGACCUUUGUAAAGACCUACACAAAAAGAUUGAUAUCGUAGAUGAGGCACGAUAUGACAUGGAAAUCAAAGUGGGGAAAAAUGAUUUAGAGAUUAAGUCGCUGACCCAGAAGGUCGAUGAGAUUAAGGGGUCGAAGAAGCCUACUCUGAAGAGGGUGAAAAAGUCUGCCGCCGACGCCUUGUCUGGAGCCGUGGCCGACACUGGCAAAAUGAAGGCUGACUUCACAUCCGGCCUCAAGAAAGUCAAGAAGGAAGAGGAGAAGAAAGAAGAGGUGACUGACUGGCGUAAGAAUGUGGAUGCCAUGUCUGGCAUGGAGGGCAGAAAGAAGCUGUUUGAUGCUGGAAAAUAA